UCGACACCUUUGCAAGAAAGAGGACCCUCCUUUCCGCGUCCAGCGAAACUUCUUGGAAUCACCCUCUUCGCUUCCCUCUCGUUUCUAUCGCUUUACCACCCUCUUCACUUUCAGAUCCGAUGAACUUCGCUGCCCAUAGAGACUUGACUCUCUGGUGACCCGUCAGGCUUUCCAAUCUUUGUCACUGGAGUUUUAUCAAGGGCCAGCAACCUUGUUAUGAUUGAAACUUGUGGCAUGUUGCAGAAGAUUCAUAUUUUGUGAGGAGUUCAUGGGUUCUCUUUUGUCAAAACGUGGAAGUACGAGACAGCCUUCUCCAUUUGCCUCAAGUUCACGGUCAUGGAGUAAUCAAAGCUAUCCAUAUCCAGCAUAUCCUCAACCUGGACAGGACUAUGCGCCUUAUCCUAAAUACGAACCCCCACCUCCUCCUUCAAGCUAUGGUGGUAACGCUUCUCAUUCAAAGAGGAAGCUUGAAAGGAAAUUCUCAAAAAUAAAUGAUGAUUAUACUAGCCUGGAACAGGUUACAGAUGCAUUGGCACGUGCUGGCCUGGAGUCUUCAAACCUGAUUGUUGGUAUUGAUUUCACCAAAAGCAAUGAAUGGACAGGUGCAAGGUCAUUUAACCGGAGAAGCCUGCAUCACAUUGGAGAUGGCCAUAAUCCCUAUGAACAGGCAAUAGCAAUAAUUGGGAAAACACUGUCAUCCUUCGAUGAAGACAACCUAAUUCCCUGUUUUGGAUUUGGGGAUGCCUCAACUCAUGAUCAAGAAGUUUUUAGUUUCUAUCCUGAUGAGAGAUUUUGUAAUGGAUUUGAAGAGGUUUUGACACGUUAUAGAGAAUUGGUACCUCAACUAAGACUUGCAGGCCCAACCUCAUUUGCUCCCAUAAUUGAAAUGGCCAUUACAAUAGUUGAGCAAAGUGGUGGCCAGUACCAUGUGCUAGUUAUAAUUGCUGAUGGGCAGGUGACCAGAAGUGUUGAUACCAGCCGUGGCCAGCUAAGCCCGCAGGAGACAAGUACUGUCGAUGCAAUAGUGAAAGCAAGUGACUAUCCUCUGUCGAUUAUACUAGUUGGUGUUGGUGAUGGGCCGUGGGACAUGAUGAAAGAAUUUGAUGAUAACAUUCCUGCCCGGGCCUUUGAUAAUUUCCAGUUUGUCAAUUUCACAGAAAUAAUGUCAAAGAAUAUGGACAGAUCCAGAAAAGAAGCAGAGUUCGCUCUUGCAGCCUUGAUGGAAAUACCUUCCCAGUAUAGAGCAACACUGGAGCUGAAUAUUUUGGGUUCUCAAAGGGGAAAGGUGAUAGACCGGGUAUCUCUCCCUCCUCCUCAAUAUGGCACAGCGUCUUUGGGCACCUCGAAAGCUUCACGAUCAAGCAGUUUUCGACCAAGUGCACCUUCUGCUAGACAUGACCCGUUUGGCACAACUGCUUCAAGUUCUGUGUCUGAUAAUCAUGUAAUUCAUCCUUCAUCUUCUAUUGUGGAUUGUCCAAUUUGCCUGACUAAUCGAAAGGAUAUGGCUUUCAAUUGCGGUCAUCAGACCUGCUGCGAGUGUGGACAAGAUCUGGAGUCAUGCCCCAUUUGCCGUUGUUUCAUCGAAACUAGAAUAAAGCUCUACUAAAGGAAGAUCCACUGCUUUUAUCAAGGUUUUUUGCCCAGCUUACGUUUGUUUUCAUAUCCCAAAUUCAUCUUCUUUCGUGUGCACUGGUGAGAAGUUUGUCGCCAUUUUUUCGGCAGAUGCUAUAGCGGACAUCUCAUAAGACCAAAAAUAAUGCAAAUCCCCAGUUGUCCACUGUACAUACCUCGUGGAAUUGUCCCGUUCGUGAUUCAAAGGACACUAAGAAAGUUCCAAGUAGCGUGAAAACGGCUAGGAUUCAGUCGGGCAGUUCUUGCUUCGACAGGGACGACAGAACCAUCUCUCACUCCAACAGAUGAAAUAACCCUUUUCCAUUGUCUCCUUGUUCUGUUUCUUGUCUGAACGUGAUCAUGGUUGAAUUGUCCCAUAUCCCCACUCAACGAUAUCAGUUGUGAUUUUAUUCAACUAAUUUCGGCAUCAGUGGCGAUUCUUUCUUA